UCAGUAAAUUCGGCCAACUACGCGUAUUUCUUUGAUUAGUAUUAUUUAAUAUCGCUACUAUUUUAUAUAAGUAAAUAAUUAAAUAUAUAAUAUUUUUUAAAACAUUAUUUAUUUAAUGGAUACCUUGUAACACGUCCUACACAGCAUUGUUAUUAUCAUAAAAGUUGACGAAUGAGAUGCUACCGUAUCUCCUGUUAUUUAUUAGAUACGUUUAACUGACAUAUUAAUAUUUACAUUGAAAUGGAAAACUAUACGUAUUUCUUCGUCCUCCUGUACCGUACUCAGUUAUCUGCGUCCUGUAAGUUGAAACGGACACAAUGUCAGAAAUUAAAGUAACGAAAGAAAACGUGUGGCAAUAUUGCGAGAAAGUGUCGGAUUAUCAAGCAAAAUGCAGGAUUUGCAGACAAAAAUAUAUUUACGUCGAUCCAAAAUUUCGUGAACAUACAAAAGAUAGACAUCCUGAAAUAUUCAAAUACGAAGAAACAUGUAAAGGACGACAAGAAUGGCCAUGGAUAUGCUUCAAGUACAACGAUACUUCGACCUCACAAUGUCUUCUCUGUCGUCAAAAUUUUCAACCUGAUUUUCAAUCUUUAGCAUCUCAUCUACACCAGAAGCAUUUUAACGAAGUGAAGAAUUACGUACUUCACGCUUGGAUAUGGAAAUAUUUUAAGAAAAGUAGUGAUUUCCAAUUGAAAUGUAACGAGUGUUCCGGCAAAUAUAGUAUGAUUCUCAAAAAGAAUUUAAGUAAUCAUAUAGUAAUUAAUCAUUCGGAAGAAUUAAGAUAUGCGCAAGAAACACGCGACGUAGUUCAUUCCUCAAUAUCCGUUUGCAAUUCAAAGGUUAUUGAAGUUAAAGAAAACAUGUGGGAAUAUUAUUCAAAAUUGCCGAAUUUUCGAGCAAGAUGCAAAUCGCAAAAUUGCACCUUUGAAUGUCAUUAUAUUUCUCAUGUACUCCUUCUUGUGCACAUAGACGAAAAGCAUAAAGCAAUCUUGGAAUGGGAAAACGAACACAUAGAUCAAAAACCAUGGAUGUAUUUUAAGUAUUCGUUUGAAUAUAUUUCCGAUAAAAAGAUACUAUACUCAGAAUGUCUCAUAUGUGAUGAAUUCUUUCUGGUUGAUCGUGAAUCUACAACGACACAUAUGUUACAGAAGCAUUCUGAAGAAGAACUACGUAAUUUUAUAGAUAAUCCUUGGAUGAUGAAAUAUUUUAUACAAAGUGAUGACACUACAGAGUUCAAGUGUACUAUUUGUUGCAAAAACAUAACCAUUAAUAUUAAUUCUGUAUUGUCUGAUCAUAUAAUUGAAAAUCAUCUGGAAAAAUUGCACUUGAAUAUCUCAACAAAAAAUAAGGAAAAACUGGACCAAAAUUAUACGUUGCAGGAUUUUCAAGCAAAGUGCCGAUUUUGCAACUUUCAAUCUUGUUACGUCAAUACAACAAACUUUACUGAACACGUAAAAAAAGAGCAUGAAGAAACAUACAAUCAUGAAGCAGCACACGAACACACAUAUCCAUGGAUGUACUUCACGUAUUUUACUUCAUAUUACUUACAAUGUCGUUGCUGUGAUAAAGUUGUUGAGUGUAUUUAUGAUUUUUUAACAACGCACUUGGACGAUCAUUCUUUUGAGUCUUUUCUUAACACAUCAUUUCGCAAGAGUGGCUGGGAAAGGAAAUACUAUACACAAAGUAGUGAUUUUGAGGUGCAAUGUAAUAUUUGUCGCAGCAAAAUAUCUCUUAACAUUCCGUUAUGGUAUUUCGAUCGUCACAUUGCAACUACACAUCCGAACAGGCUGACAAGUACACAGAGAACGCAUGACAUAGCUGGACCUUCAGGAAGCCAGCCAAACUGAAGAAAACAAGUUUAUCCAGAGUUUAACAAUGGGAGUGAUAGUAACAGCGUUCAAGUAGGACUACAAUCGACGAAAGCAAUCCUGAUUUAAGAAAUCUAAAGUACACGAAAAAAAUGACUUAAUUCUGAAAAUAGAUGAUUAAAAAAACACAUGGUUUAAAA